AUGAACACCAUCCCCCACCCCCGGCCCAUGCGGUACUUUUUCUACGAGGAUGUGACACGGGCGGUCAUGCAGGCUCUGGACGACGGCAUCCUGCGCAUGAGUGUCAGGUGCACCGUGCCCGAGCUCAACACUGACUUUGACGUGUACCGUGUGGGCACGCUGCUGGAGAUGGUGCGGGAGAUGGCAACCGCCCUGGCCCAGGAUGGGAAGCGGGUGAAGGUCUGCGUGCAGCAGAGCCUGGGCGAAGGCAUCUUUGCGGGCAUGCCCAUGAUGCUGAGCGGGGUGGCUCGCAUCCUGAAGGCCAUGGACUGGGGCGAGGCGGGGGAGUGGAUGGAGUUUGGCGCCGUGGGCGCCGGCGAGGUGGAGAGCGCCGACGCAUUUGUGAUCGUCGCGCCUCAGAACAUGGUGGGCAACAGCAUCCUCCCCUUCCUGGACGCCAUGGUCAGCGCCGCAGGCGCGGCCGGCAAGCCUGUGGUGCUCCUGAACGCCAACCUCGGUGACAUCCAGUCCAGCUCGGGGGUCAUGGGCGUGCGGAACAGGCAAGGCCAUGGGGCAAGCCGGCUGGAUUUUGCAGCGACCUUCCAGGUGGUGUACCACUUCCGGCUGCUGUACAGUGGGCCCUUCAUGUACCCCAUCGUGGGCGCCCUGCGCUACAGCCACGGCGGGCGCUGGGAGGUGUACAAGAGGGUGCCCAUCCUGGCGGAGAAGACGGAGGUGUACACCCACCUCGCCAGCUUCGACACGCAGCCGGGGUCCACGGCCAUUACCGCCGCCUUCCACGCCUUCCAGCGAUCGCAGUGGUGA